CCCAAGACUUAGUCUUAAUUACCAUUAGCAUUUAAGAUGGUCAUAUUUGUCGUUCGUGUCAGAUCCACGGAAGAGGAAGCUAGCUAAUUGGAAAACCUCGCAACAAGGAGAUGGAGGAAGUUGCGAUAGUGUCCAGCGAGUUCGUCGGUCCGGCCAAGGCUUUCGAUCAUCCACCAAAAUUCGAGCUUUCCACUUUCGAUCGCCUCAUGGGGUAUGCCGGAUACCAGAAAAGAAUGCUCUUCUACAAAUCGGCACCCGAGAAUGUGGAGGAUCUGCUCAAGAGCAGCCUCGCGGAGGCCCUCGUCCCCUUCUAUCCAUUCGCGUCGCGCAUGCGUGCCGGCGAUGGAGUCUCGACCCCUGCUCUCGAGCUCGAUUGCUCCUCUGUAGAUUUCAGCGCCAAAUUCACUGUUGCCACGACCAAGAAGUCGCUGGCCCAGCUUGGAUUCUUCGAGCCCUGCGAGUUCUGCGACACGCUUUGCCAGAUUGGGAGCCCUCCACCGGCAUAUCCCUGGAAAAUCGAGGAUCCCCUGCUCUUUGUCCAGAUCACACGAUUUGGAUGUGGAGGAGUGAGCCUGGGAGUGGGAUUCAGCCACCAGGUAGCUGAUGGAGUGAGUUUCUGGCAUUUCAUGACCUCCUGGGCAGAAAUCGCUAGAACGGGCCAAAUGAUCUCCGCUCCCCCGGUGAUCUCUUACAACUACAAGGGAUUGGAGCUGAGCGAGGAGGAGCACAUGAGAAACGCGGUGGGAUAUUGGGGAGCAGAGAUCGUCCCUAGCGUGGAGAAAAUGCCCCUCGUCGUACCCAAUUCGUCACCCAUGGCCACCCGGCAGUACCGAUUCGAUCGCUCCGCCAUCGCGGAGCUCAAAUCCCGGGCGGCGGCUGGCAGCAGCGACGCUCGAUUCAGCACCUACGUCGCCCUCUGUGCGGAGUUCUGGCGGAGAACGGUCAUCGCUCAGGGAUUCCCGGAUUCGCAAACUGUCAGGUUCUUCGUCCUCGCCAGUUGCCGCGGGCGCAUCGCUUCCAUCCCCACCUCCUACUUUGGCAACGCCAUCUGCGGAUUGUUAGCCAUUGCCAGCGCCGGCGAUCUCAAGAACAGGGGGCUUCCAUUCGCAGCUCGGACCAUCCACGACGCGAUCCAGGCUUUCGAUGGCGCCAGGGUGGAGAGUGCCUUGAGCACCAUACUUUGGAUGAUCCAGGCCCCUCGCCCGGUUCGAGUGACGCCGUUUGGCCAGGCGGUGAGCUCCAACCAGCACCCGGUGGAGAAAUCGGAGUUUGGAUUUGGGAAACCGUGCGGGAUCACGUUUGGGACGAAUGAUCUUCACGAAGGGAAGAUCUAUCUCUUCCCAUCCAGCGAUGGCGGCGUGGUCGUCACGGUGGUGCUCAAGGAAGAGAACAUGAAGAGGAUGAUCCAACAAGACGAGGACCCCUCCAUUAUUUAAGAUAAAUUGUUUAUCUUUAAUAAAACUUGCUUAGCCACGUAGGCAGAAUAUUA